GGCCGAGGGCCGGGCCCAACGGAGCCCCGGAGACGACAGUGGCGGCCCCGCGGCCCACGCCAUGGACGGAGGGACGGACGUCUGCUGCCGGGACGAGCUGGUGGAGCGAGUGGCCGCCCUCGACGUGGCCGGGGGGCGACCGCGGGGAGAGGCCGAGGAUGGGGACGGCGGCCCGGGCGACCCCCCGGCCGCCCCCCGGAAGGCAGCCGGACGGCCCACCCUGUCCACCAGGAAGCUCUCGCUCCAGGAGCGGCCCUCGAGCAGCCCGCUGGCAGGGGCCUGGGGCCCCUACGCGACGGGACCGGUCGCCCGGGUCUCCCCGCGGGGCCAGCGGAGGCCCACCAUCGAGUCCACCCGGGUGUCCAUCUCCGACGCCGAGGACUGUAUCCAGUUAAACCAGUACCGGCUGCAGCGGGAGAUUGGCAAGGGCUCUUACGGCGUCGUGAAGCUGGCUUACAGCGAGAGCGACGACAAGUAUUACGCCAUGAAAGUCCUGUCGAAGAAGAAACUCCUGAAGCAGUACGGCUUUCCACGCCGCCCCCCGCCCCGAGGGUCCGCGGCAGGCCUGGCAGGAGGGCAGCCCAAGGCCCUGGGCCCCCUGGAGCGGGUGUACCAGGAAAUCGCCAUCCUGAAGAAAUUGGACCACGUCAACAUCGUCAAACUGAUCGAGGUUCUAGACGACCCGGCAGAAGAUAACCUCUACUUGGUGUUUGACCUGCUGCGCCAGGGCCCCGUCAUGGAAGUGCCCAGCGAGCAGCCGUUCUCCGAGGAACAGGCCCGGCAGUAUCUCCGCGACAUCGUCCUGGGCCUGGAGUACCUGCACUACCAGAAAAUCAUCCACCGGGACAUCAAGCCCUCCAACCUCCUCCUGGGCGACGACGACCGCGUGAAGAUCGCCGACUUCGGCGUCAGCAACCAGUUCGAGGGCAGCGACGCCCAGCUGUCCAGCACCGUGGGCACCCCGGCCUUCAUCGCCCCCGAGGCCAUUUCGGAAAAGCGGAAGAGCUUCAGCGGGAAGGCACUUGAUGUGUGGGCCGUGGGCAUCACCCUGUACUGCUUCGUGUACGGAAAGUGCCCCUUCCUGGACGAGUCCAUCCUGGCCCUCCACAAGAAGAUUAAGAACGACGCGGUGGCGUUCCCAGCCCAGCCACUGACGAGCGGGGAGCUGAAGGACCUGAUUCUGAGAAUGUUGGAUAAAAACCCCGAAACCAGAAUCACCGUUCCCAGUAUCAAGACCCACCCGUGGGUGACCAGGGGCGGAGAGGAGCCCCUGCCCCUGGAGGAGGACCACUGCAGCCCCGUGGAGGUGACGGAAGAGGAGGUCAAGAACUCCAUCAAGCUGAUCCCCAGCCUGACGACCGUGAUCCUGGUGAAGUCCAUGCUGAGGAAGCGUUCCUUUGGCAAUCCCUUUGAAGUCCAGGCCCGACGGGAGGAGCGCUCCAUGUCCGCCCCGGGAACCCUAUUAACGAAGGAAGCCAGCCCGGAGGAGGGCCGGGACUCGGAGCUGCCCGACGUGCACGAAGACGAAACCGGGUCCUGAGCCGUGCCCGCAUGCCCCGCGGUGACGCCCGCACCCACCCCGGCCCCCCGCGCUCCGCCGCCGCCGCCGCCGCUGUCGUCGCUGGUUGUGUGACCUUCGCCCGCCGCCCACAGCCGAAGCGUGUCCGCUGCCGGAAAUCGAAGCCCACCCGAGACCACCGACGGGAGGGGACGGGGGGACGGAGAGCCCGGACGCGGGGCGGAAAUCACGGCCGGGAAUGGGCACCACCGGUGACUGCUGUGUGCCCGGGUGGGUGGCUGGGGCUUCAAGUCCACCUCAGUAGUUGUGUGUGUGUGUGUGUGCCUGCGCUGGACUGUGCGCGUUGGUGGGUGAAUUUCUGAUACGCGUGGGUCCGUGUGUGUGUGUAGCUCCAUGACUGCGUGUGUCUGUGAGCAUAUGUAGUGUAGGCCCGUGCAUGACUUUGCGCGUCUGCACGUGGAGGCGAUGGGCGAGGGUGGGGCUGGAUGUUACCGUGGGAGUCUCUGUGUGUGUCUGCGCAGGACUGUGUGCGUUGAUGGGUCAGUUUCUGAUACGUGUGGGUCCGUGUGUGUGUAGCUGCAUGACUCUGUGCGUGUCUGUGAGUGUAUGUGGCGUAGGCCCCUGCAUGACUUUGUGCGUCUGCACAUGGAUGUGAUGGGCAAGGGCGGGGCUGGAUGUUACCGUGGGAGUCUCUGUGUGUGUCUGCUCAGGACUGUGUGUGUUGAUGGGUGAAUUUCUGAUACGCGUGAGUCCGUGUGUGUGUAGCUCCAUGACUGCGUGUGUCUUUUAGUGUAUGUGGCGUAGGCCCCUGCAUGACUUUGUGCGUCUGCACUUGGAUGCGUUGGGCGAGGGUGGGGCUGGAUGUUACCUUGGGAGUCUCUGUGUGUGUCUGCGCAGGACUGUGUGCGUUGAUGGGUGGAUUUCUGAUACGCGUGGGUCUGUGUGUGUGUGUGUGUGUGUGUGUGUGUGUGUGUGUGUAUCUCCAUGACUGUGUGUAUGUGUGAGUGUGUGUCUGUAUCUCCAUGACUGUGUGUAUCUGUGAGCAAAUGUAGUGUAGGCCCGUGCAUGACUUUGCGUGUCUGCACAUGGAUGCGUUGGGCGAGGGCGGGGCUGGAUGUUACCGUGGGAGUCUCUGUGUGUGUCUGCGCAGGACUGUGUGUGUUGAUGGGUGAAUUUCUGAUACGCGUGGGUCCGUGUGUGUGUAGCUCCAUGACUGCGUGUGUCUUUGAGUGUAUGUGGCGUAGGCCCCUGCAUGACUUUGUGUGUCUGCACUUGGAUGCGUUGGGCGAGGGCGGGGCUGGAUGUUACUGUGGGAGUCUCUAUGCAAGUGUGUGUGUGUGUGUGUGUGUGUGUGUGUGUG